UCUGUACGGAGACAGCAAGGACAGUCGCUCCGGUCCUGGCGUGCAGGCAGGGUGCGCUUCCAGGCUUCUACCGAUUCUCCACUGCUAUUGGUUGAGGCGGAAAAGGGGCUGGAGCUUUGCGUUCCCCGUCUCUCCUCUCAGAUCCUCUCAUCCAGGAGCGAUGCGGAGACAAUAGGACUGGAACUGAAGAAGCCUGCGAAAGGGCUAGCGGUCGGCCGAACAGGGAGCAUUUACCGCUAGACCAGGUGUCAAUAGCACAAGAAGGAGAAUUUGAAUGCCGACGUGACAUAAGCCGUUAGCCACCACUCUUGUCCUGCCCGUGAGUCCGUCCCCUAAACCUGUCCCCCUGUUCUUGUCCGUCCCCUAACCCGGUCCCCAGUAUGAGUUCGUCUCCGCUGGGUUCCCGUGGCAACAUGGACAUUCUGGAGGAGCUGCAGCUGAUCGCAGCACAGAACCUGGAGAGGUUAGAGGUCAACAAGUAUUAUGAGGUCAUCAGGGAGCUUGGCAAGGGCACUUACGGCAAGGUGGACCUGGUCAUACACAAGAUCAGAGACACCAAGAUGGCCCUGAAGUUCCUGAGGAAGAAAACGACCAAGCUGAAGUCGUUCCUGAGGGAGUACAGCAUCUCUCUCUACCUUUCUCCCUGUCCCUUUAUCAUUAACAUGUUUGGGAUCGCCUUCGAGACUGACGACUACUACGUGUUCGCCCAGGAGUAUGCCCUGUCCGGGGACCUCUUCGACAUCAUCCCUCCACAGGUGGGUCUCCCGGAGACGGUUGCUAAGCGCUGUGUGCACCAGGUUGCCAUCGCCCUGGACUACCUUCACUGUAAGAAGUUGGUGCACCGUGACGUCAAGCCCGAGAACAUCCUCAUCUUUGACCGCGAGUGCCGCAAGGUCAAACUGUCCGACUUCGGCAUGACGCGCCGCGCUGGCUCACCAGUCAAACGGGUGAGCGGUACCAUCCCCUACACGGCUCCGGAGCUGUGCGACACGUCUCGCCACGAGGGCUUCUGCGUGGACUACAGCACGGAUGUGUGGGCCUUUGGCGUCCUCCUCUUCUGCAUGCUGACCGGUAACUUCCCCUGGGAGAAGGCCCUGCCCUCCGACUCCUUCUACCAGGAGUUCACACGCUGGCAGAGACGGCGCACGGGCACCGUGCCCUCGCAGUGGCGCCGCUUCACUGAGCAGGCCCUCCGCAUGUUCCGCAGGCUCCUCUCUGUGGAGCAGGACAGACGCUGCUCCGUCAAAGAGGUGUUUGGCUACUUCAGCCACAGCUGGAUGCUGGAUGGAGACAGCAAUGGGAAUGGAGGAGGGGGCGGAGAGAGAGAGAGGGAGAGAGGAGGGGUGAGGGUGGAGGGAGACGGGAGCAGUACAUCGUCCUCGUCUGGAGAAGAGGAUGAGGAGAUGCUGGUGGAAAGGAUGAAGCAGCAGACUCUGUCUCCUCUCUCUCCUCCGGUGUCUGUGGAGAGGGGCACUGGGGGGACAAAGGCAGGGAUGACGGAGUCAGGUGGAGGACACCAUUUUGUGUCUGUUUCUACCACCAGCUCUGUGCCCUCGACUAACAGCUAUGACCGCAUGCCCAGAGACAGCAACAGCAACCAGCCCCCCGGACGCAUACUGGUGGCUACGCCUAUAGAGAUCUGUGUCUGAGAUGUGUGAUGGGCCUGGGAAGGACUGAGAUACUGUGUACAGUACACAGACGUGCACACAGACACCUACACUCAUAUACACACACAUAUCCAUACAUUCAAAUCAGUGGAGGCUGCUGAGGGGAGAACGGCUCAUAAUAAUGUCUGGAAUGGAGUAAAUGGACUGGUAUCAACAACAUGGUUUUCAUGGGUUUGAUACUGUUCCAUUCACUCCAUUCCAGACAUUAUUAUGAGCAUUUUGCAAAGUGAAAAGGGAGCAACUCAAGACAUUACUGAUGAUUCCCGUUGGGGUCUAAAAAUGAUCCAGUCAGAGAUCUGUCAUUCUACAGACACAACUAAUCUUUAUAGAGACUGCAAAGACUCAAUGAACUACAUACUGAACGAUCAGCCAACCAACCGACAGAUGGACAGACCAACCAACCAUGGAGAGGUUGAAAAACACAUUGUGAUAUGAAAUGCUGGUAUUCAGAUGAAGAUAUAAUAUAUUUCCCCCUAAAAAAGACUACAGAAGUGAUGUGCGGGAACCAUUUAUGGCAAAAAGAGAAAAGAGGGACAUGUUCUUUUGGUUGAAGCUGAUAGAAUUGCCACCCCUAUGAAAGAAUAUCAUCAAAAUUAAACAGCAGUUUUAUGUUUACUGUAAUGCAAUGUGAACUCUGGUACAAAGUGUGUAUGUGUGUACAGUAUGUGUGUGUGUGUGUGUGUGUGUGUAUAGUACGUGUGUAGGUGUGUGUGUGUGUGUGUACAGUACGUGUGUAGGUGUGUGUGUGUAUAGUACGUGUGUAGGUGUGUGUGUGUGUGUAUAGUAUGUGUGUAGGUGUGUGUGUGUGUAUAGUACGUGUGUUGGUGUGUGUGUGCAUAGUACGUGUGUGUGUGUGUACAGUACGUUUGUAGGUGUGUGUGUACAGUACGUGUGUAGGUGUGUAUGUGUGUACAGUACGUGUGUGUGGGUGUACAGUAGGUGUGUGUUUGUGUACAGUACGUGUGUGUGUGUGUAUAGUACGUGUGUGUGUGUGUGUGUGUACAGUACGUGUGUAGGUGUGUGUGUGUAUAGUACGUGUGUAGGUGUGUGUGUGUGUGUAUAGUAUGUGUGUAGGUGUGUGUGUGUGUAUAGUACGUGUGUUGGUGUGUGUGUGAAUAGUACGUGUGUGUGUGUGUGUGUGUACAGUACGUUUGUAGGUGUGUGUGUACAGUACGUGUGUAGGUGUGUAUGUGUGUACAGUACGUGUGUGUGGGUGUACAGUAGGUGUGUGUUUGUGUACAGUACGUGUGUAGGUGUGUGUGUACAGUACGUGUGUAGGUGUGUGUGUGUGUGUAUAGUACGUGUAUAGGUGUGUGUGUGUAUAGUACGUGUAUAGGUGUGUGUGUGUGUGUGUACAGUACGUGUGUAGGUGUGUGUGUGUAUAGUACGUGUGUAGGUGUGUGUGUGUGUGUAUAGUAUGUGUGUAGGUGUGUGUGUGUGUAUAGUACGUGUGUUGGUGUGUGUGUGCAUAGUACGUGUGUGUGUGUGUGUGUGUGUGUGUACAGUACGUUUGUAGGUGUGUGUGUACAGUACGUGUGUAGGUGUGUAUGUGUGUACAGUACGUGUGUGUGGGUGUACAGGUGUGUGUGUGUGUACAGUACGUGUGUAGGUGUGUGUGUACAGUACGUGUGUAGGUGUGUGUGUGUGUGUACAGUACAUGUGUGUGUGUGUACAGUACGUGUGUAGGUGUGUGUGUGUGUGUGUACAGUAGGUGUGUGUGUGUAAGCGUGUGUAGGUGUGUGUGUGUGUGUAAGCGUGUGUAGGUGUGUGUGUGUGUAAGCGUGUGUAGGUGUGUAAGCGUGUGUAGGUGUGUGUGUGUGUGUAAGCGUGUGUAGGUGUGUGUGUGUACAGUAGGUGUGUGUGUGUGUGUGUAGGUGUGUGUGUGUAAGCGUGUGUAGGUGUGUGUGUGUGUGUGUGUGUAAGCGUGUGUGUGUGUACAGUAGGUGUGUAGGUGUGUGUGUACAGUAGGUGUGUGUGUGUGUGUGUGUGUGUGUAGGUAUAUCACCGUUUCAUGUGUAUGGAUCAGAAAUAUGAUUAGCUGGAUUUUUAUUUGCCUUUAGAGUUACUUUAUUUCUUUAAAUGCUAAAAAUCCAGAUCACAUUUUUUCUAUCGAUUUUGAAAAUGAGCUUUUAGGUGUUUUCUGUUUGACUAAAUUCAGUAAAUGUUUCUGAACGCUCUAGUGCAGCUGUGUCAAACUCAUUCCACGCAAGGCCGAGUGUCUGCAGGUUUUAGUUUUUUCCUUUAAAUUAAGACCUAGACAACCAGGUGAGGAGAGUUCCUUACUAAUUAGUGACUUUAAUUCAUCAAUCAAGUACGAGGGAGGAGGGCAAAACACCGCAGACACUCGGCCAUCCGUAGAAUGAGUUUGACACGUGCUCUAGUGCCAAAUUUCUACUUGGUCUCCUGCAACACUUUUUGAACAGGAAAAUGAAUACUGCGGCAACAGCUGGAUCUGGUAAAAUGGUUUGAUGGAGGUAUGCUCUCUGUUUAUAAUUUAGAUUUAGUCCGAUGAUGUGCAAUACAUUAAUAUCGGAUCAUUCAAAGCCACUAGAUUGAGAAGAGUAAGGCAUUCAUUUUGAUCCAUUUUUACAGAGAACUAUAUUCUGCCAUUGACAGCAAGCCAAGAUGUUCCAGAGCCUCCUGUCUGGAAACAGACAGAUAGCUGUUAAUGAUGUCCAACACUUUAUCACUGACCCCUUAACACAGGUUUUCAGAUAGCUGUUAAUGAUGUCCAACACUUUAUCACUGACCCCUUAACACGGGGUUUCAGAUAGCUGUUAAUGAUGUCCAACACUUUAUCACUGACCCCUUAACACAGGUUUUCAGAUAGCUGUUAAUGAUGUCCAACACUUUAUCACUGACCCCUUAACACAGGGUUUCAGAUAGCUGUUAAUGAUGUCCAACACUUUAUCACUGACCCCUUAACACGGGGUUUCAGAUAGCUGUUAAUGAUGUCCAACACUUUAUCACUGACCCCUUAACACGGGGUUUCAGAUAGCUGUUAAUGAUGUCCAACACUUUAUCACUGACCCCUUAACACAGGGUUUCAGAUAGCUGUUAAUGAUGUCCAACACUUUAUCACUGACCCACGGGGUUUCCAAAACGCGGUCCUGGAUUUUGCCCUAGCACUCCAGGAUCGGGAUUGGAAAACCCUGCCUUAACAGACACGUAUCUACUUCAUGGCAGAAAAAUAUAUUUUUGACCUUAUUUUAGUCCAUUUGACAAAUGUUUGGAGUUUUGAUUAUUAUUUCACAUUUUAAAUUCAAGCAGAAAAAUACAUUGAAGAUUUACAUUUUAAAAUUUUUAAUUUAAAUUGCAUGACAAGUAACUAAAACAUAUCUUCAUGGAAAAUUUGACCUGGCUUUACAAAAAGUUACGUCAAGAUUGUUGUGAUGUGGAAUUUUGCUGUACCGCAAUUUCUUGCGCUAUAUCCCGAAGUCAAUAUCGUUGUGACCUCUCGAGAUGUCUUAGGGCUAGAAACCAGACUGAACUAUAAUAACGGCUAGUUUUGGUUCAAUGUGUUGUGUUUGUAGGCUGUCGAUGCUCUGUUUCCAUCUCACCGAUCAGAUUUAGGAUCCAGAGCUACUGAUCUACAGUAUGUAAUGCAUUACAUACUGUAGAUUACAGAUGCAUUACAUACUGUAGAUUACAUACUGUAGAAUAGAUGCAUUACAUACUGUAGAUUACAUACUGUAGAUUACAGAUGCAUUACAUACUGUAGAUUACAGAUGCAUCUGGAAUCCUAUGGAGACUUUCUGGAAUAGAUAGUUCACAAACUAAUGCAUGUUUGAUCAAGUGUGUCAGUGGCUCCUAAAUUCCCAAGUCUUAAGAAGUUACAAGGGAAACCUGGGGAUUGGUUUUAGUAUCACUUCGUUGCCAAGCAAAACGUCACAAGAAAGAGUGAUGAAUUAGUCAAAGACAGAAAAAAAAGAUGAGAAAAAAAAACCUGUUGUGUGUUGGGAUUUCCAGACAUAUUUGCAUGAAUCUGUAUGUGCUGGAAAACAAUUGUGGAAAACCUAUUUUCUGUUUUGCUGUCACAGCUGUAGUAUUCUGUUGUUCACACUUGGGUGUAUGAAUGUUGAAUGACAGUCAGUAAAGUUACUUUCCUCUUUUCAUCUGGCAACUUCCAAUAAUGAACUGUUCAGUACGGGUUGUAGCCAGUUGUGGUAUUGUUGAAUUCAACCAUGCUCCAGGCAGAAGUUACCAUUUAAAUCCUCACCUUAUCCAUCCAAAGGGUGAACAUCUUGGGGGUUACAUCUUGUGACAACCUAUGACCUUGUGUUCACCAACCCGACCCACUGGGUGUGCAGGCUUUUGUUCUAUCCCAGCACUAACUUGAUUAAAGUAAUCAUCAAGACCGAAGGCUGUAGGUAAUAUAUGAGUUGGACACGGAGGUUUGAGCGAAGCGAAACUAUCAUGACGUAAUGUGUUGGAAGUUGUUUUUGUUUUUCUGUCCAGUGACCUAUUUUGACACGGCAUCAUGAUUUUUGUGGCGUUUUAGUGAGUAGGGGAACACAGCUCUAGAACUUGUGUCCGAUUCUAGAACUUGUGUCCGAUUCUGUCUUUGCAAUGCAACGGUCUUCCCUGUAAGCUCCGAUUAGUCGACAAUAAAAUUACCAAUCUUGUUGGAAUGAAUGCUGGUGUGAGUUUGUUCCCUGUGUAACAGUAUAACUUUAGACCGUCC